UUGAGGCGCUGCACACUGUAGCAGAGCGCUACACUGCCGUAGGAAGAAGAGCUGCGCUAUCGCGACGAUAGCAAGCUAGUUAUUAUUUUUAUUAUUAUUUUAUAUCCGGUUUUAUUAUUAAAACGCUCAUCAUUCUGGGGACAAAAGCUCAAAAAUGACCAAGCUGCAGCUCUUGCACCGUGCUCUAAACGAGCGGCUGAUGGCGGCGGUGGAGCAGAUCAUGGAGAUGGUGGGCGGCACGGUGCUGGAGUAUGAAGAGGAGACGGUGAGAGCGCGCAAAGAGAACGAGAUCCUUAGACGGAGGCUCCGGUGGAUGGAGGGUGAAAAUCCCACCGACUGGCCAGAUCCCACUGACUUCUCUGUUCCAGGUGAAGCUAGCCUGGCAGACACAUUAGCACUAGAGUCCCUAAUUAUCAAAACAGAGCCUAUUGACCCCUCUGACUUCCAGCUAUAUGGACCUGACACAAGUCUCACUGCAUCAGUAUGCACUGACAAUAUGGAAAUGGUUCAUCCUGGUACCAGUGCUUCUGCUGCUGCUGGCAUUCCUGAUGGUACGGUAUGGGACUCAGCACAAAGCUAUAUGGCUCCGCUGGACUUUGACCCAACUAUGUCAACCAUGGCAAGGAACAGGAGCCAGAGAAGAUCUUUUGCCUGCCCAGACUGUGGUAAAGUCUUUGCAAGAGAGCAGAGACUGAUGUUUCACAUGCGGGUUCACUCUGGCGAGAGACCUUAUACAUACCGAAGGCGUAAAACAUGCUUUUAUGGGGAUAAGAAACGGAAGAAGAAAUUCCGUGGCCUUUCCAAGACAUCAAGAGAGUUCAUAGAGGACCUAUCUGACUCAUCAGAACAGACAGAGAAGAGUACAGGAUCGGCUAACGUCGGUGUCUCAAAACGUGUUGGUCCUGCCUCUGCAGAAGUGGAGCCAAGUGAGGUGUCAGAUGAAACCAGUGAACACACCAGCAGCAGCAAGCUAUCUGAGACCAGUGUUGCCAGACCUGUAGGCCUUAAAGCUAAGCAAGGAAGAGAAAAGCCCAAGACCACCCAGUGCCUGCAGUGUAACAAAGCCUUCACUAACGUAUCACGGCUGGCGGUUCACAUGAAGACCCACAGAAAGCCACUUCCCAGUCAGGAUGAACAGAAUGUACAGGGAGACCGUGACGCAACAGACAGUGGAUCACAACAUCUUCCGAAGGCGAUAAGGAACAAUGAAACUGAGGUGGAAAAGGCAAAAGCUAUCGGUCAGAGGCUUUUUCAGUGUCCCGAGUGCAAGAAGAUCUUUGCUCGCUCCUGUUGGCUCACCUUCCACUUGAAGUCACACGAACGAGAACGUAAGCGGCAGAAAAAGAAGCAGCUUCAAAAUAAAAACGCGAAGGACGCUCUUCGAGUUUCGGAAGAGCCGAGGAAAGAGGUAGCUACUGAAAGCAGCAAAGUUCCGGUACUGAAGAAAAUCUUUGCGUGCCCGUACUGCGAUAAGGUUUUUGCUCGUGAAGGGUGGCUCGCACCACAUAUUCGGAGUCAUACAAUUAAACAACAAAAGAGUGAUAUUAUUUCUGAUGCCAUCUUACCUAAUUCUACCAAAAGAAGGUCUCGGCGCGUCGUUACCCAGCCCUCAAGCGAAAGCAGCAGUGAGGAAAAGAAAAUUACUGAGCAGUCAUUAGGAGAAAUCGAAGAUUCUGAUUUAGUAGACGAACUACUGAACAACGAGACUUCUGUGCCCAAGAACAUCCCCACGGAGCUAAUUACAAACCCAGAAACCCAAAUAAUAAUCAGUAAUAAUGCUGAAGAUAUCAGUAUUGAAUCUCAAAGCAUCAGUAACAAAACAGAAACAAUCCCAAACAAAAUUGCAGAGGACUCGACCCUGGUCCCUGAUGACUCUCCAGGGCAAAAAGAAGCAGUCAAAAAGUCAAAAAAGAGAUUUCCCUGUCGAGAGUGUGGCAAAGUUUAUUUGCUGGCUGGUUGGUUGAAGACCCACAAGAAGAUGCAUAAAAAGGAGCGAAUUCUGGAGGAGAACAGGAGACAGCUUAUGAUGAUGAGCGAAUUUGGACAAAAUGACAACAAAGAAGGGGGACAGAGCCUCGUGGAAACAAACAUCGAAAAGAAGCAAAAGAAGAAAAAGAAGACGUUGGCACUACAGGAUAAUCUUGUUGACAAAAAGAAGAAAAAGAACCAGCUUACAAAUGAAGUGCUGCUGCAGAAUAUGGAUAACACUUCCGAUGUGCAGACAGACGCAGACAAAAGCGAAGAAUCUGCAACUCGUGGCCGAUGCGUUUGCAAAGACUGUGGCAAAGUGUAUGCUAGAAAGAACUGGUUAAGCUUGCACAUGCUCGGCCACAGAAAAGCACUGAUGGCCAUUCCCCAAAAAUCGAAUGACGAGGCCCUGAAAAGUGAUGGGCAGACCGCGCAGGAGGGUUCAUCCACCAAGGAUUCAAAAGGUCAGAAAGGAAAAGACGGCGGUAAAGCAUCAUUUCCAUGUCCCUUUUGUGAUAAAGUCUUUCCGCGAGCAAUGCGGCUGAUGGUGCACAUGCAGAUCCACUCAGGCGAGAAACCGUACUCCUAUCGACAACGUAAAGAACAGUUUUACACUGACCUGACAAGACCCAGAGUGCCAGAUACAGACAAACAGGAGCCUGCAGUAGAAGGCAAUGAUGAAAAGGGGAAUGAUGGAGGAGGCGAAGUGACUAGGAAUCAGACUUCUGCCGUGUCGCAAGGCCAUGCAAGUGCUACAGAGCCUUUGGAAACCGUUCAACCCCAAUCAGUUUGCACUGGCAGAAAAUUCAACCUCCAUCAUCUACAGUCAUCUGGUGCUGCUACCAUCCACAGCACAACUCUUACAAGAACUGACACAAAAUCAGACAGUAAUUUUAGUUUGCAGCCUAGAAUUGUUCUUGAUCCAGUUAUAGCCGAAUCCAGCCACUCCGCAUCAUCUGAAAGGGGGGAUUUUAAACCAAUAACUGUGGAAACUAGUGACAUUCAGCUGCACCAAAUGCGUGACUUAGAAACAAAUAAUGCUGCUACAGGUGAGCAGGUGAUGAGUCAUCUUGCUCCAUUUGAAAACACAAACCUUUACGCCAGCCAAAACACAGUGACUGAGACAGAUCAUCCAGCUGUUGUUCAUGUCAAAAUAGGUUCCAUUCAUAAAUAUCCUGAAAAUCGUUGCAGCUCUGAAAAGCUUCUUGUCAGUAUAGGGGCCCAGCAGACCUCAGAAACAGAGUCACCAGACCACAGAAAGGCGGAAAUUUGCAAAAAGAAGGGUCAGGUAGAAAUCCAAGAGUAUUCUUUGCUUGAUGUGAAGCAGCACAAAGUGCCAUGUGACCCAGAACUUCUGAAAAUGGAUAGAGAAUCACAACAGUCAGGAAGUCAAAUUCACACCUAUGGGAAGUCAAGUUUUUUUGGUAUUGUAAAAGCGAAAAAUAUUUCACCCCACUCUGAAUAUCAGAAACAUGACAUUGAUCAAGCUUGUAGUUCUGAUAAAAGAAAGUCAACUGACAUAUCUCUGAUAACAGUUCCAGAAUUUGAAUCAAGUUCCAAUGCAAUACAUCAAGUGUCUCAUACAGAGUCAGGAUAUAUGAUUCUCUCAGAUGUUAGUGAUGAUGAUGAGUGGGCAAAUAUGUCUGAUAACUCAGAUGAGAAGAAAGAAAAAAUACCCUUGAAAAUCUCUAACCCGCUCCCUGAAGGGUUGUCUGAUACAGGAUCCAUCCCUGGCUCCUCUCAUGCAGCUAGUGACCCAGAUGGAACGAUGUUAGAAAAGACUGGUGAACAAAAUUACCUUGACGGUACACUCCACAACAGAGAUGAGAUGGCAGCCAAUUCUGUCCAACAAACAGAAGAGCCUAGUUCCACCGGUCAGACGAAGUGGUGUUCAUGUUUGGCAUGUGGUUUAAAGUUCGCUGGUGAGGCUUCCUUGACAAAGCACAUGAGGGUGCACUCUGUGUCUGCGGUGACCUACCAGAAGCCAAAUGACUACAAGACACUGAAGAAGAAGGUCAAGAACAAUGAAAAAAAGAUUAAACAGCAAGUUGUCCAAGUUCAGACAUCAAAAGUAGGUAGUGCUGAUUCGAGAGACAACUCUGAAAUCUCAGGGAAAAGCGACUCAACACUGGUAAAUGUCAAUGCAGCUAAGUUAUCUGGAUGCCCAGACAUUGGUGCAACUAGUCGAAGUUCCAGAGCGGACUCAAAGAACAGAAAAACCAAGAAAGGAAAAAAAGCUCUGCGCUGUUGCUACUGUGGAAAAGCUUGCAAGAAAAUAGAACUGCAUCUCAUGCACGACCACCCGAAGGAACCUAAGGUGCUAGAAGCUUUGCAUUUUAGCAACAAAGUUGAAGAAAGGAAAAGGUUAUUGAGCCUUCUUUGCAGCAAGAAAACACAGAAACAUGAAUAUGCUACAAGGAACAUACAGGAGGAAGACCUUGUUCAUUGUAUUUUUUGUCAAGGGUAUUAUCAGCGAAAUCAGUUUUGGAAACAUGCUUUAAUAUGUGAGCAGAAACAACCCAAACAAUCCAUUCUAGCUAAACCUGGCAGAAGUACAGAUCUUUCCAGCACUAGCCUCAGAUCAAGGCCCAGCUUAGCACAGAAAGCCUUUGAUCCUGAAUGUGGGAAUCUCAUCAAAGGUACCUCCUGCAAUACUGUCCAACCGUCCAGUCCAGAGUCAGUGAAUCUUUCCUUACUGAAAGCUGAAACUCACACUACACACCAUUUAUAUUACGUUUCUCCUGUUUCACAAACUGGCAGUACUGACAUAAACCCAGUUCCUGAUCAAGGAUCAGAGAGCCUGUCCAUUUUAUACACUGAUAACAGCACAGCAACAAGGAUUCUUGAUUCAGAAACCUCUGGAACGCUCAUUCUAGACUCACUCCACAGUGCACUGGAGUAUUCCUGUGCUCCGCUUCAGGAAUCUUGCCCCAGCACAGUACAUCAUGUUCUUGUUGAGAACCAAAAAUUAACAGAUCUCCCACUUACAGCAAAAGCCAUUUCAGGAAAACAAAAUCAGUCCACUUUGGAACCUGAAAACAGGCUUAGUCUCUUAGACACAAUGACCUCUGAUCUACAACACACUAAUCAAGAUUUACAAACCUUUUCUAUGCAAACAUCAGAUUGCAGAGAAAAAUAUGUUAUCCCUCAUGAAGUGAGCCAUAUAUUUACUGAGAGCAGUGAUUUCCAACCUACCACUGAUCUAAAAUCAGACUGGACUACUACACCAACUUUGGACUUGAAGCAACACUUUGGCUCUGAUGCUAGAGAACCAGAGAGAACCGCCGUAGUGAUGGCAGAACUUGUAUCAGAGCGGAACGCCCAAAGUCAUCCCCAUUUAGAGUCAACAGAAUGUCUAGUUGCAAACAUUUAUAGCAUUGAGUCACAGAAAACUCCAAAUGUUCAAGUUUGUGGAAAAGAUGAGCACAGAGCCCCUGACACUGAAUCACACUGUCAUCUAAUUCCAACUCAAAUUCCUACAGAAACGUACAGUGCAGCACAAAAGCUAUUCGAUUCUGAAGGUCAAAUAAGAGAUGACAUAAAUGAGGGUGGUAAUUGUACAGGUUCAAAGAGGAGACAAGACACUUGGAGCAGGGAUACAAAGAGAAGACGACAAAGUGACCCCUUACAGCAGACAUCAACAGACGAGAGAGAAGCUUUGCCAGUCACUUCUCAAAUUCCUGAGAUGAAGUAUGGUUUACAAAUAUCUGAUGUCUGGACCAGUUCAAAAAGCAGCAAAGGAAAAGCUACAUUAAAGCUGAAGAAAAAACAAUACUGUGUGUAUUGUAAGAAACCUUCCAUUCACAUGACACAGCAUCUCCUCUCAGCACAUGCUACAGAACCUGAGGUGGUGAAGGCCCUUAGUUAUGACAAGAAGUCAAAGGAAAGGAAACAGUUGCUGGAUCUUCUGCUGAGCAAAGGAAACCUCUUGCACAGAGAUGUGGGGAUGAGUAUAACUUCAAGUGAAGAUCUUCUACCAGUUAAUCAAGAAGGUGAUCCUAAUUCAAAUAAGAGCCAAUGCAGAGCCAAACAGGAUCAUCCUAAUCCUGAAUCUGAGUGCAGCCAUGUUUCAGACACUGGUCACAGUGCAACAAAAUCUUCAGGUUCUCCCUGUGAAGAUGUGGGGAUAGUUAGUGAACAGCUAUUUGCUGAUCUUGGAUCACAAAGUUAUCUUAGUCCAGACACCAGCUUGGACAGGAACGACCAUGUGGGCAGCUCUCCGGCCUACGAUCAGACUGUAACUAGCGAGAAAGAAGACAAGAAAACUGAAGCUGAACAGCAGCCAAGCAGCCAAAGCUUACACAGAGUAGAGAACAGGAGGAGGAGCUCUCGAAUUCAAGCUCAGCCAAUGAGGGUAAUGGACAGCCAUUCAGAUGAUGCAAAGAGCAUGUCACAGAGCUCAAAACCUCAUACUUGCCAGCACUGCAGCGCCACCUUCUGCAGUCACUACCACCUUCGCAGACAUGAAUACACUCACACAGAUGAAAGGCCUUACUGGUGCAACCAGUGUAAUAUAGGCUUCAUUCAGAAAUAUCGCUAUCGAAACCACAAAAUAACCCACCACGAAAACAGACAGUCAAGCAAGUCCAAGGAUCCAUCCAGAAUGUGCAAAAAACAAUCUCACGUUGAAGAGAAGCCGACAGAGAAUUUCCAUGAAAAGCAAUCAGACGACAGCACUGCAGCUACAUCUGAGGAAAGACCUGACUUAACUGACAAAGAAACAGGAGAUUUGAAGGAGUUCAAUGAUGAAUAAUGACCUGACUGCAGACAGGCAUCAGACGGUUUAUCAGAAAUGGUGUCUGAAAAAGCAUUUGCAACAUACAGUUUUAUGAGAUUAGAAGCUUUAGUUACAGCAUAUUGUCAGAGUAUUUUUUUUAUAUAUAAAUGGACAAAUUCCAGAUUUGUAUUAUUAUUAUUUUUUUAUUAUUUCUUUGUUUUUAUAUGUUGUUUAUUUCUUAUAUUUUGAUCAAAAUGACAAAACACUAAACGACUAAAAUUGUGUUCAUUUUACUGUAUCAUCCAGGUGCUUAUUGGUGUGUGUAAUUGUAAGCAUCAAAAAAAUGACAAAGACAGAUGAAUGAGUGUUACUGAGUUUUGUAGUUGCAUAAUUAUUGCUUUUGUAUUUUGCAUUUGAUUACCCGGAAGUUACGCACAGUUAAAGUGCAAAUACAGGUUUCUACACAAUCAAACAUUAUCUACAUGUUGGAAGUUGGAAUAUGUUGGCGCUUAACAAAAUUGAUUGAAAAUGGGAAGAAUUGUUUUUUUUCUAAGGUUUAAUGAUUAGUUGUUUAUUAAUGAAUACAUGGCUGCCUGAGGAUUAUUCAUUUGCUUCAUGUUUACUGAUGAAUAGUGCCUCCAAUGCUUUAAUUUUUGGACAUUUUCGUUUCUCAUUUUAUAUACUGUCUGUAUCAUUAUGAUAUUUUGCUUAUAAAUCAAAAACUGAGAGCGACAUUUCUAUUCUAUUUACCAGAUUUUGAAAACAUUGUAUAUUACUGAAACGGCAUGCACUGCACAUGAAACUUCAUCACUGAUGUUACCUAAGUUCACUGUAAAUAGGAACUGAGAAAAAAGAGAAGAAAAAACAUUGGAUUUUGUAAAUUGUGUACUUUUUCAACACAGAAAGUUGUUAGUUUUUGUAACCAGUUAUUCCAUGUGCCACUCAAAAGGAUAACAAGAAGCUAAGUAGCCAUUCAAAGCCUUUAUCCAGUUGAAAAGUGUAAACAGGAGAUAAAAAUAAAAGAUAGUUUUCGAUA